GGUGCAGUGGAGUGCCAACUCUAUUGUAAUCAACAUAUCCCAAUUAACGAAUUACUUAAGCGAUCGCAUGCCAAAUACGUAUUAAAAAAAUAAAACAUUAAUUAGUGGUAAUCAGUUCUUAGGCCACAAUUAAAUGGAAAUGAUAAGCGAUAAGAUUUUGUUUUUCGUGUUACUUGCUACGGUGUGGUGUGUAAGUGAAGCUGCUAGCAUACCUUUCCUUAAGCCAGCACUCAUAGGAGAACAAGAAUAUGUCACAGAGAAGAGUGCAGAGGUACAAAGCCCAGUGGAGGUGAUCUACGGGCGCGUGCGGGAGGGUGUGCCGCCGCCACUGUGCGCGGGGCGCUGCGCCUCGCCACCCGCCGGCCCUGUGUGUGCCUUCGACGCGGCCGGCACUGCGCGAACUUUCGCUACCCUAUGCGAAUUGGAGGCUGUAUCUUGUCGCGAAAGUACAUAUUACGCUAUCACCAGUCUCGGGGAAUGUUAAGAAAAACUUACACAUCAUCAUCAUCAUCUCCCCUGCCUUAUCCUACUCCCGUAGGGUUUCGUUUCGUGCUCCAAAGCACUGUAUCAUCCGUCAUCUCAGCCAUCACUCCCAAAUAAAAUAAUCAUUCAUCUAUUCUUAUUGCGAAAACAACCGCCUUCAUAAAAAUAAUAAAUCUUGUCAAAAUUAAAGUUUAUUCAAAAAAAACUAAGAGAAUAAAACAGUAAAUUCUUAAGUAUCUAGUUUUUAAAAGCCUCAUUACGUCUUUUUUUAACUGCAGUUUUUAUGUAAAACCAAUAAAUUUUUAUUUUGUUUAUCUAAUAAGUGGUUAACCUUUACUUAAUUGAGUUUCAUUUGAUUUUACGUAGAAGGAAGAGAUAUUUUGGGAUAUGUUGAAUAGUUUUCGUCAAAAAUACUUUGAAUAAUAUAAAACGAUAUUUAGCUUGAAUAAAACCGUAUGGUUGGUUAUAAAUAUUGUUGGAAAUUUAAUAUUUACCAGUAGUAUUAAGAAAUAAUUAGUAUAGAUUAAACAUUAUUUAUUGUACAAAGUACACUUCCAAUUUAUUCACUUGAUAAAACAUAUUUUGUUUUAACAUUAUGUUUAGAAUCUUUCCUAAUAAAUUUCAAUAAAUACUCUUUGAUUUUUUUAUUUCAUGCCACCCUUUUCUAUUUGCGCAGCUAUUUUUUUAUAAAUAAUAAAAUGAAUUUAUUUUAUUUAGUAUCAGUGUUAAAUAACUCAUAGAUAUCAAACCAGAAGCAAAUAUAAAUUGAAAUUAUCAAAACCUAGAACAAACUGUGGUCAAAACACUAUAACAUUUGCGGGAGUACAGUUAUAUAACACUUUACCUAAAGUUAUCAGAGACGAAAAUAAAAUGUCGUCAUUUAAAAUUAUAUUAAAAAAAAUUGUGAAGUAAAUAAAAUCCUAUAUAAAUGAUAAU